AUGGAUGCCAGUCAGUUGGGAAGGUGGACUCGGUUCGCGGCGAAGGGCGGCAUAGGGAAGUGCACUGCGAUACAAGACUGUGUAGCGGAGCGUGCAGAGGACCUCAUGUUUAUGAAGGACGACGAAAUCACGGUCCUCAUGCAAAUACCAGGCCAGGUCGAUCUAUACCUUGGCUAUUGCGAAGGCGUCGUGGGCAACUUCCGUGGAGAAGCUGUCCGCUUUCACGGCCGCCUCAAGAAACCUGUUCUCACAAAGAGGCAGUCUGCCGCAUCU